CCGUCCUGACAAUGUGCAGUGGAUACCAGGGAACACAUUACCUCCAGACUUCCAUUUCUUUGACGAAUAAGACCGGACAUGAUUCACGUUUCAAGAACACCAGAAUUCUCCAAUUGUGGAAAUACGAAUUCAAUCCCAGUUCACGCGUCUUCUGACCAAGACUUGGACUGUAUUGUAGGAGGCAGAAGCAGGCAAAGAUCGCACUCAUACUACAGCGCAGAAGACAGUAAGAACUAUGGUGUGGAGACACAGACAGACCAAAUCUUUCUAAGACCUCGCUCCAGGUCCUUUUACAGUUAUGAGACGUCAGAGCUUCAGUCCGACUAUGACGUGGGACACUUCGACAGGUCCAGUCCGCUGAGGCAGAGGGCAAGCUCCUUUCAACAGCGCUCAGCGACCAAAAAGGAGAAUGGAGACGGCGAUGGGGCUUGUGUUAAGGUCACCGCUAAGAAGUCCAAGUCUAAACCAAAAAAGCUUUCACCCUCUAGAGAACUUAAUGGCAGUAGCGGCAAUCUCAAGUCUGUGUCGAUGAUAACCAUCUCUGAGUCGGACAACUGGGAGAUUAGCUCCAACUCGGGAAUGAAGUAUGGACAGUUUGUCGACUGGGAGAAGAUUGAUCCCGAAGCUGCAAAAAGAUACCAGCAGAUCCUGAUGAGUGAGCACCAGCAGCUGAAAGCCAUGGGCCGGGAAGGAUUCUGGGCCAUGCCGCACACACUGAGGGCCAAAGCUUACUAUCACGUCAUCCACAGCAUCAAUUCCAGCAGGUCUGUCACUUCAGACAGAGAUGUCUACUAUGAACUGGCCAGGAAGCUGUUUGGAGAACAGAAAAUCAGCACCCACCCGGUCCCAGAGUACAUGGAGGCAGGAGAAAUACCAAGAUACUGUCUCAACAAAGCUGGGCUGAACUCCGUUAAAAAGAUCCUCCUUUGCCUGGACCAACACUUCCCAGAAAUGAACUUCUGCCCCAUCCUGCCUGCCUUGGUCUCCCUCAUCCUCCACUUCAGCCAGGAUGAGGCCGAGUGUUUCUACAGUGUUUCCCGACUCAUCUGUUACAAUGACCCCAACAAGCGUUACAUUGACCAGACCUUCCUCACCUACCGAGCCUCGUGUAUGACUUUUGGAGACCUUGCGAACAGGUGUUGCAGAGGCAUCCGCAAGCUGAUUGCCAGCUCUCACCAAAACCUUUUUGAGUUUUACUCUGACUGGAUCAUGUGGAUUUUUGCCUACCUCCCGUUCACCUACGCCAUCAGAGUGCUGGAUGUCUACCUACUGGAGGGCUACAAGGUCCUCUACAGGGUGGCUUUGGCUUUGCUCAGCCUCUACAAAGUAUCAGUGUCAUCUCGAGUGGCAGACGUGGAGGACUUCAGGACAGACAUGAAGCGGUUUGUGCAGAAUGUAGCUCGCCACUGCACAGCAGAGACACUCCUGGAGGGGGCCUUCCUGGUUCCAAUGGCCACACGCAGAGAGCUCAACCUCCUGUUCAAUGCCAAUAAGGACUCUCUCAUGCAAAAAGGUGUCAACAUUCACCAGACGAGGCAGACGGUUGAGACCGUGGACUUCACAAACUUCAGCUCCAGUGUUGUGACAGGGAUUGAGAUGAGAGUCGUCUGGGCCUGGAUACCCGAGCGCUUUGCCCUUUUCAGUCCCAUUAGGCUGUUUAGUACAGCUGAACACGGAAGAAGACUUGCCUCAUUCUAUUCGCAUGUGGAGGGACACGAACCAGCAGUCUUGAUGAUCAAAACUGUGGAUGAGGAGGUCUUUGGUGCCUUCCUGUCAACAGAUAUGACAGAAAGAAGAAAGCAGGACCAUGAGGGACUUACAUAUUUUGGAACUGGGGAAUGUUUUGUUUUCAUGCUCCGACCCAGCAUGGAGCACUACCAGCAGGCUAUGGUCAACAUUAUGACCAGAAGAGCUGCUCCACGGCAGGUUUGUAUCAGCAACAGUGCCUCCUCCCAGGUGUCCAUCAAUGGCAGCUCCCCUGUCGCCUCCACCGCAGCCAGCACAACUCUGACCUGUCCUGCUGGGACCCCCCAGGAUCCUAGCUACUUGACGAUCCCCUUCACUGCCCCAUCAGAGGAUCUCACAACUGCCAAGGAGCCAAAGAGACCAAAGGCACAACAGGCCAACAUGUUCAUAGCAGGCGAUGACAGACAGCUCAUCAUUGGUGGUGAUGGGGGCCAUGCCCUUUGCCUACAGGAAGACCUUGAGGGAGGAUAUACAGAGCAUUGUGACACAUACAAGAGUGUCCCACUAUGCAAGGGAUAUUUCAAGAUCCAGUCCCUUGAAGUGUGGGGCAUCCAGAACUCUAUUUCCCUUUCUCACAGUUUUCCCUCUCCGUAAAAAGAUGAGAGAGAAACCUUGUAACUUUUGCAUCUCAACUCUGAAGCUGUUUUUCUUAAUGCCGUUUCAUUGGACUUGAUUUUUUAUGCAAAUUUCUUAUAUUUAUUUUGUGAAAUGCACAUUUAUGCACAUAUUGUGAUGUUUGUAGAUCAAGUUUAUUCGUAUAGCUCAUAUUACUGAUCGUUAAAUGCUUACAUACACAAUAGUUUGCAUCUCAACACAUAUUUUCUAAAAACAUAAGCAUCCCAAAAAAUACUUAAAACUAGAAUAGCAAUCAGUAGAACACAUACCUUUGCCAAGGCCCAACUCUCCACUUAAAUUCAAUCAAGCUGCACACUCAUAGAUAUCAGUCCCCUUAACAUGCCUGUUUUCCUUUAAAUCAAGAUCCAUGCAUCAUUCCCUUGGAUACAAUUCAAAAUGUCUCACAAUGUUAAAGAAAGAGAUAAAAACAUUCCUAUAUCCGCUCCUUUGUCCGAAUUUGUGCAGAAAUUUAAAGGCUUCUGUCUUGGCUCAUGUACCAUUCUUCCGCCAAGCCUAGUGGAAAUCUGUUCAGUAUCUUUUGCAUAAUCCUGUAUUAACUGUAUGCACCUUUUUGUCAUGUGAUGAUCAGCUGUAUUCUUGUUGCCUUAUAACUCACUUAUUAUAAACAUUUUAUUUUUACAGUAUAAUGGGGUCAAAACUCUCCCUGAGCUAAACGUAUCAAAUCUGUCCAAACAUGAAUUAAUAUUAUACUGUAUUAAAAAAAAAACCUUUGCUGCUUCCUAGUGCUGCUGGACGUGAGCUAUUUUAAGUGUUAGGGGUGGGGUGGGCGUCUGGCAAAACAUGUAAACACGCAAACACAGAUAACAGAAAAUACCUGUAAAGCUGCAUUCCGCUGUGAAUCAGUGUAUUAUUGAAGUGUCUACUGUAUGUGUGGUCAAACUUUGUCAACAGUUAUGUUUUAAUUAAAAUUAAGUGAAACCCUUCU